AUGGCCUCAGAAGAAAUACCAGAACGGCCCAAGGCCGACGCGCCCGCGGAAGACGGGCCCGCCGAACCGUCUAAGAAGGCACAGAAGAAGGCAGAAAAGGAAGCUGCAAAAGCAGCUCUCAAGGCCAGAAAGCAAGCCGAGCGCAACGAAGCCGAAGCCAAAAAGAUUGCCGAAGACGCAGCGACCGAUGUCUCGAAAGAAAACUACGGCGACCUGCCCAUGGUGGGCUCCGAGCCGCACGAAGCCUCCGGCCACACGCGCAUACCACUGCUCGAAGUGUCCCAGCAUGUCGACAAAGACGCAGUCGUCUUCCGCUGCGUCGUCGAAACCGCACGCUCCCAGUCCGCCAAACUCGCCUUCCUGAACCUACGCCAGGGCCUCGAGAGCAUCCAAGCCGUCGUAGCCGCCAGCGACACCCUCAGCAAGCAGAUGGUGAAGUUCGCCGCGAGCGUCCCGCCGCAAAGCAUGGUGCUCGUCCACGGGCUGGUCAAGAAGCCCUUUGAGCCCAUCAACUCGGCUACGAUCAAGGACUUUGAGAUCCACAUCCAGAAACUCUACACUGUCUCCAGAGCCGAGAUUCCGCUGCCCAUGCAAGUUGAAGACGCGGAACGCGCGCUCCCUGGCGAGGGGGACGUCCCUGGGCAAGAAGAGGAGCCUAAAGCUGAAGACGGCCGCCCGCUCGUGACGCUCAAUACAAGGCUGAACAACAGAGUCAUCGACCUGCGCGCUAAGAUCAACCAUGCCAUCUUUAGGAUCAAGGGCGGGGUGGUUCAGCUGUUCCAGGAGUACCUCUCACAGCAGGGCUUCACUCUGAUCCACACCCCCAAACUCCUCGGCGCAGCCACCGAAGGCGGCUCGAAUGUGUUCGAGGUGAAAUACUUCGACAAGUCCGGCUUCCUGGCCCAGUCGCCCCAGCUGUACAAGCAGAUGCUCGUGGCGGCGCGCUUCGAGCGCGUCAUGGAGGUCGGGCCGGUCUUCAGGGCCGAAAAUAGCAAUACCGCGCGGCAUCUGACGGAGUUCACGGGGCUGGAUCUCGAGAUGGCGUUUGAGGAGGACUAUCAUGAGGUGAUGGAUGUGCUAGAAGGACUGAUGCUGUUCAUCUUCAAGGGGCUGCGCGAGCGGUAUGCACGCGAGACGGAGCUCGUGCGGAACACGUAUAACGUCGAGGAGUUCAAGCUUCCGGAGGCGGGGAAGGUGCCUAGGAUACCGUUUGUGGAGGGGAUCAGGCUGCUGCGUGAAGCUACGGGCGAAGAGCUAUCCGAGUACGAAGAUCUGAGCACCCCGAUGGAAAAACUCCUCGGAAAAUUAGUAUUGGAGAAAUACAACACCGACUUCUACGUCCUGGACCAAUUCCCCCUCUCCGUGCGGCCCUUCUACACCAUGCCCUCCCCCCACGACCCCAAACUCUCCAACUCCUACGACUUCUUCAUGCGCGGCCAAGAGAUCUGCUCCGGCGCUCAGCGCAUCCACAACGCCGACUUUCUCACUCAGCGCAUGCGCGCCAUGGAUCCUCCCGUCGACCCGGAGAGCCCGGGCAUGAGGGACUAUGUGGCCGCGUUUCGCUAUGGGUGUCCGCCGCAUGGGGGUGGCGGGUUUGGGCUGGAGCGGAUUGUGAGCUUUUGGUUGGGGCUGCCGAAUAUUAGGCUCAGUAGUUUGUUUCCGAGGGAUCCGGGGAGGAUUUUGCCGUGA